ACCCUAUCAAAUAUAACUUAAUAAUUCUAAUUUAAAUCAUAUUGCCAUUGCUAGAAACUGAAAGCCCCGAAAAGUGGUUCACGAUUGUUUGCUAGCAGUUGAGGUCAUACAUACUCUUUGCUCAUUGGCUGACAAAACGUCACUGGAAAGUCUGCUCACAAAUCACUCACAAUCUCAUGUACGAUGUAAACGCUUCGCUGGGCACGCACUACUUGUGGCCUGUGGCGAUAUUUUUCCCAAAGUAGAGCUGAGAUACAUCGUUCGAUUUAUUUUGCUUAUAAGCUAUAUGGCCAACUGGCAUAUUUAAUGCUAAAACCAUUUUCAUCGAGCCUUUGGCUAUUGAGUCUGAGUUUGGGAUCAUGGAUUGGUUGGUUGUAGCCUUAGAUCGUCCGUAAUGCUGUUGCCGGUUCCAUGCCUUGUCAUUGUCGAACUCCGUGGCAGAAGAAGGUUGAAUUCUCAAUAAGAUAUUCCAAGGAGUAAUUCUUCACCUUUCAUCAGAUACAAAAGAUGGACAUCCCUUUGCCGGGUGAGGACAUCCCGUUGCCGCCGUCGCCGCCACCUCCACCGCCGGCGGCCGGCACGGGACCCCUGCCCCCGAGCACAGCGGUGCCACUGCCCGUCUCCGGGCCGCCGCCGCCCGUCUCUGGGCCUCUGCCGCCCGUCUCCGGGCCGCCGCCGCCCGUCUCCGGGCCGCCGCCGCCCGUCUCUGGGCCUCUGCCACCAGUCACCGGACCGCCGCCGCCCGUCUCUGGGCCGCCGCCGUCUUUGUCCGGGCCGCCGCCGUCGGGGGACGGCCUGCUGCCGCUGCCCAUUGGCCUGCCGCCUCCCAACUUCCAUCAGCCGCCGCCGGGCGUGCCACCGGUGGCGCUGAUGUCUCAGGUGCCGCCGCCGAUCCCGCCGCACCUCUCGGGCGCUCCGCCGCUCAUAUCCACCGCACCGCCGGCAGUGCAGACGGCGCCGCCGCUCGUGCAGUCGGUGCCGCCGCCCGCCAUGCCGGCGAGCUCCCCACUGAUGCCGUCGGCGCCGCCGCUGAUGGCAUCUGUGCCCACCGGUCCGUCGGGUAUCCCUUCACUGAUGGCGCCGCUCCAGUUGCGCCCCGCCCCAGUCACGCCCAUUCUGCCGCCGACCACCGCCUUGCCACUACCGCAGCAGCUGCAACAGCAGCAGGAUGACAGACCUUACUCGCCCAGUGCCAUGUACGACAGCGACAGUGGCAUGGACGAGAUCACACCGGCGUCCGCGGCCGCCCCAGCAGCGCCCCCGGCCGCGCCGGCGGACGAGGCGCCCGCAGCGCCACCCUCCUCGGUGUCGCAGAUCGCGCCCAACGUGCUGAAGCGGCUGCCGCCCGUGCUCGGCAAGGAACAGGCCAAGAAGCGGCUGCUGGCGUUCGCCGCUGCCAAGCAGGGUGCGCCCAAGAAGGCGCCACCAGCGCCCAAGCCGGUCAAGACGGCCAGCGCCGCCGCGGAGGAGGAGGAGCGCCGGCGAAAGAAGCGCGAGCGCAGUCCUCUCCUGAUUGAACAGAUAAAACGCGAGGAAGAGGAGCUCAAGGAGACGCUUCAGCUGGGCAACAUCCUGCCGACGACUGCGGGUGUUAUCCUGGGCGACCCGACCACCAUCAUGGCCUCGAUGGCCUCGCUGGCAGCCAUGGCGCCCCCUCGUAACCGAUACGUGGUAGAGGCCCAGGAGAAAGCCAACGCCGAGGCUGCCGUGGAGGCGGCGGCGGUAGCGGCCGCCGCGCAAGAGGCCGCCGCCCCAGCGAGCGUGCCGGCUUCCGCCUCCAGCUCCCAGCCGCAGCUGCAGCGGAUGGUGGCAGCUGUACUGCCGGCCCCGCCGGCCACCGAGCCACCGGCUGCUACAGAUGGGAGUCAGCACACCCGCACUCCGGAGCCGCCGCCGCGGCCCACCGCACUGCCCGUCUCCUGGCAGGAGUACAAGGAGGGCGGAUACCAGCCAGACGAUAUCCGCAACAUCCGCACCGAGCUGAUUCGGCGCAAACGACGCGACAAGGACGACCGCGACGCGCACCGGCGUCGGCGGCGACGGCGACACUCCUCGGACUCCAGCUCCGACGGGCGCCUGUCGUCGCCGUCGCCAGAGCCGCCGCUGCUGAGACCCGAUUACGAUGACCGCAUGAUCGUGUAUGUCAGUGUCGUUGGCCGCUCUCGCGCUCUGGAGUUCCCUCGCGAGACAGUCAAGACGACCAAGGCGCGGCCGCACCUGACGUAUGCGCCCAGUCUGCGUGUGUUUUCGCGCAUCAAGACGCGCAAGGCCGUGCUGGCCGAUUGUGACGAACCGCGUCGCCGUGAUAUGCUGGCCGUGAUGGAGCGGACGGAGCCGAGCGCGGCUGCGGCGCUGCCUUCCGAGCCGGCCAAAGAGCAGCCCUGGUUCUCGCGAGCGCUGACCGCUGCCGACGACGAGCCGCCCUCGCACGAGCGCUCCAAAUGGGACGAUGACACUGAGCCGGCCGAGAAGGGGGCGCAACAGAACGGCGCCGCAGCGGCCAUGGAGCCAGACGGCGGCCAGGAGCCGACCAGCUCCGAGCAGCCGAUGGAGGUGACCUCGUCGACAGCCGACGACCUACCGCAGACCGCAGAGGUCAGCACUGCGCCGGACUCAGCUGUCGCCAGCGCACCGCCUCCGGAGAAACGGGCCAGGAGACAGCGGAGCUCGACCAAUGGAGAGGACUCUGAGAUGACUGGCGACAUCAGCAGCGCCAUCAGUAGGGAGGUGGAAGAGGAGAUGCUGCGGAUGAAGAAGGAGAUGGAAAAGGAGACAGACAAACGGGCGAGGAAGGAUAGUACAGGAGGUGAGGUGAAGCUGAAAAGGGACAGCAGUGUUGACGAGCUGGGUCACAAAGGCAAUGACAGUGUUGUCGAGGCUGGGAGCCGGAAGAGGAAGGAAAGUGUUGGUGAGGAGGCGAAUCGAAAGAGGAAGGAGAGCGUUGGUGAGGAGGCGAACCGGAAGAGGAAGGAUAGUGCUGGUGAUGGAGCAAGCCGGAAGACACAGGACAGUGUUGCGGAAGAGGUGAGCCGAAAGAGAAAGGACAGUUUUGGGGAAGAAAAGAGUAGUAAGAGGAGGGACGAUAGCACUAAAAAAGUGGACAUGCGCGAGAAAGAGGAGCUUGAUGUAUCUAUGAAGAGCGUUGAUGAAGAACCAAGCCGUAAAAGAAAAGACAAAGGUGAUAAACGGAGAAAGGAUGACGACCCAGUUGACGAUGAUCGCCGCGAGAAGAAAGGGACUGACGGUGACAGAGCCAGUCGGAAGAGAAGAGAUAGCCCUCACGAUGUAGCAUCGCGAUCAAGGGAAGAAUCGACAGGCACUGACAACCGUCAAUCCAAGCGCGAUACCAGUGACGACAGACAGGCUCGUAAGCCAAAGGACGAUAGUCCAUACGAGUCCAGCCGAAAAAGGGAUGCAAGUGAUGAAAGGAGCAGAAAGGAUAGGAGCAAGGACACAGGUGAUGACAGAAUGAGUAGAAAGGAAAGGAACAGGGACGCAAGUGAUGACAGAAGUAGAAAGGAAAGGAACAGAGACACAAGCGAUGACAGGAGGAGUAGAAAGGGAGACGAUCGCCGCGAGGAAAGGGGGGAUGAUCGCCGCGACCCUAUCGGGGACGACUCUCGAAAGAAGCAUGAGAAGAUGGACGUGGAUGAUGGUAAGAAAAAGAAGGAUAAUCGAGACGAAAUCGAUGAAAAAACGGGCGCUGAUAGUGACAAACGCAGCCGAAGGUCGAAGGAACCGGAAGAUGAAAGUCAUUCCCGACGUGAAAGAAGGAAGGAGAGAGAAGGAAGCUCCAAGAAGGAAAGAGCUAGUGUUGACGGCUCGGAAAGACAGAAGGAAUCUGAUCGAAGUGAGGAACGCGAUCGGGGUAAAUAUAAAACCGUUGACGCUGACGGAGACCGGAAGCGGAAGGACAAGGAGAAGGAACGCGAGCGCUCGCGUGAAAAGCCAUCUCCGAAGAAACUAUCGGACCGCAGUGGCGACGAAUCAGAUGACGAGGAGAGCUAUCGGAAUGAAGUUAUGGCGGCAGACCGAAAGGCAAACAAGGCUAAGGCGAAGGAUGCGUCUCUGAAAAAGAGUAAGGCCAAGGAGUCUGUUGGCUCCGACGAUGAGAAGCACAAGAAGCGGAAAAAGAGUAAGAAGAGUAAGAAAGCUAAACAUAACGACGACGAAUCUGAUGAGGAUGACCACGGAAGUAAGAAAAAGAAGAAGAAAAAGAAGCACAAGAAAGGCGGCUCCGACACGGACUCAGAUUCUGACGACGAAGCCGACGAAAAGUCCAAGCGGAAACAUCGCUCCAAGAAGAAGAAAAAGAAGGAUGAAAAAUCAGACUCUGAUACCGAAGAAGAAUCAUCAAAAAAGAAAAAGAAGAAGUCCAAGAAGAAGAAAAAGAAGAAGAGCCACUCUCGGAAACGUGACACGUCCGGCUCCAGUGACGACUCCGACUCUGAGGGCGGAGCGGGCGCAGGCGGCGACAGCAGCGGGCGGAAGCGCUCGCGCCGGGACGACCGUGACUCAGGACGGCAGGGUCGGGACUCGUCCAGGAGCGACCGCCAGCAAGAGCGGCACUCGUCACACAAACGGCGCCGCCGCGACAGUCGCAGUGACUCCGUGGAGAGCCUGGCUGACACGCCACUGCUGGCGCGUGACCUGGCGCCGAGUGGGCUGCUGGACGCAGCCGACACGCCUCCGGGUGGUCCCCGUGUCAGCGACAACCUGCUGGCGGCACCCAGCGGCCUGCUGGGCUCUGAGGCCCGGAUGCAGCCGAGUGGCUUGCUGUCAACAGAACAGGGGUCAAGCUCAUCGGGGCUAGGCACUCCGACGCCCGACAAUCAGCAGCGGCCGUACAACCUCGAGGAGGAGUUUGACUUCGGUGCCACGCCCUCGCCGCCGCCGGCCAGCGAUGAGGAGGAGCCGAUACCACCACCGCGGGUGCCCCGCUCGCCAGUCGGUCUCGGGCCUGACCCGUCCCCGUCGCCUCCGCACCGUCCGGAUCGAGCAGGUUCGGCAGCUAUGGUUCACGACCAGCCGGACCGUCCGGCCUCAGGGGACCGGUACUCGCCAUCUGAGAUGUUUGCUCGCUCACCGUCACCGCUGUCAGAGAUUCAACCCAACACCGUUGCUGCCAGUGCUCCCGUUAGUGUAACGUCCACUGCUGUCGCGCAGGAGCCGCCGGCACAACCUACCCCGCCUCGACCCCGUCGCCGUUUUACUGAUGUUCCCGAACCUGUCAUGCCAGAACCACAGCCCCAGCCGCAGCCAGCCCUGGCUGGGCUGAGUCAGGAGCUUACGUCUGAGACCGCACACGGUUCUUCCCCGUACGACCCGACGUCACCCAGCUCGCCGUAUGAUCCGACGUCGCCCACGUCGCCUCAGCGCAGCCCGAGCCCGGAGCCGGCGCGGCCAGAGACAGGGUCUCAGGUGGAACCAGAGCGGCCCAGUGCGCCGCCGCUGGCCCCACCAAUACCGGCGGUGGUAGCCGCUCCGCGACCGCUAGCCCGCGAGCCCAGUCCCCGCAGCGAGGAGCGAGUAGUGAGGACCACGGAGAAGCGUCCUACUAGCCGAUCGUCAGGAAGACGCAGCGAGUCGCCGCGCAAGGACGGCCGACAGCGGCGGAGAUCUGGCUCCUCGCAACAGAAAUCCAGCCCGUCUCGGCCAAAGGCCAUCUCUCCCAGUCCCGCCCGACACCGAGAAAGGUCCCCGGCUUCGCCGCGGCGCAGGGGCAGCUCUUCGCGUAGCAAGCUGAGCCACUCACCACACAGCCGCCGCUCGCCCAGCCCGCGUCACCGGACGAGCCGAGAGCGUCGCGAGCGCAGCCCGCCCGCCUCGGCCGGCCGCAGAGGUGGAUCAUCCCGACGCCCGCGCAGUCCGAGUCCUGCUAGCCGCCGCCGCGGAUCGUCGCCCCGGCGGCCCAGUCCCGGUCGGCGCCGCAGCAGUCCGGUACGACGGCGCGGCAGUCCACUGCCCAGUCCGCCCCGCCGCGCUGGCAGUCCGCUGAUGAGCCCUCCACUGCGCGUGAUUCACCUCUCGGGUAGCCCUGCGGCAGAUUCUCUGCAGACAGCUAUCCGCCUGUCGCCGAGCCCUCCGCGGCGCGUGACGCGCAUCUCAUCCAGCACGUCCCCGUCGCCGUCGCCUGGCCGGGUGGCGGUGUUCCCACGUGAGCUACCUGUCCCUCAUGAGAUCCCUCUGCCUCCCAGUGGUGGCCUGGACGCCGUGCCGCUGCCGCCGGCCGAGGGAGGGGACAUCCCACUUCCGGCGGAAGCUGCAGAAGUCCCGCCGCCCCCGCCACCAGCAGAUAAGCCCCCGUGUCCAGAGGAGCCGACUCCACCGCCGCCGCUGCCGCGCGAGCCACCAAGGCCACCUAGCACUAAAGCGAGGCCGCCGUCGCCGCCGCGGCCCAUCGGGCUUGGCAUCAAGUUAGUGGCGAAGCGCACUAUCCGACCGGUGUCCUUAGGGGCAUUCGCGGACCCAGAGGACGACUCUCCACGUGGCCCGCCGGUAUGUAGCGCGGAUGAAGACACAUCACCUCAUCCGGAAGAUGUCAGGCCUGGCAGCCCAGAAGGGACAAGGCGUGAAAGCGGCCAGCUUUGGCAGUCACCACUGGUGGAGGAGCGUCGGGUUCACAUGCAGGAGCACGUCGACUCGCCGACUGAAAAGCGCCGGUCACGCUGGGGACAGACGCCGCAGGACGUGGCGAAAUUAGAGACAGGGGCAGCGGUGCCCGUCUCGACUUCGCCACUGUGGGCCGACCAACACGAGUCAGAGUCUCCGAUACCGACGGAGCGGAAAGAGGUCCGCCUCACGCCCAACUACCAGGUGAACAUGGCCUUGUCGGGAAAACUGCUGGAGGACGUGCGCUCCGACCAGUCUAGCUCAUCCACACCCCAGCGAAUAGUCCGACAUUCAGACCUCAAAAGCCCCGAGAGGGUGACGAAGCCCACCGCAUCAGGUCGACCCACCAGCCCAACUGAGCGUCGCGUCAGUCGAGAUAGUCAUCGGUCAAGCCCGGCGCGAAGCCGCGAAUCGCACUCGCAGUCGCGAGAUCUAGAUGAGAAACGAUCACGCAGUCCCAAGUACAGGUCGCGCAGCAGUCCCUCGCGACGCUCGCGUAGUCCCAAAUCGAAGAAAAGUGAUCGUGAAAGUCCAUCUAGGAGAUCGCGCAGUCCUAAGUCGCGAUCUCGCGCCAGUCCGACGGCAGUGUCCCAUGCCAAGUCCCGCUCCCGCAGCAGUCCAAGUAGGCGCUCACGAAGUCCGAAGGUGAGGGACCAGACAAGUCCCUCACGGAGGUCACGCAGUCCCAAGUCCAAGUCCCGAAGCAGUCCUAGACGUUCUCGCAGUCCUAAAUCUAAGUCUCGCAGUAGUCCUGCUAGACCAAGGUCACGAAGCCCCAAGUCGAAAGCUCGUUCGAGCCCUUCGAGGAGGUCUCGCAGCCCCAAGUCGAAAUCUCGGACCAGCCCUUCAAGGAGGUCUCGCAGCCCCAAGUCGAAGUCUCGGACCAGUCCUUCGAGGAGGUCUCGCAGUCCCAAGUCGAAAUCUCGGACCAGCCCUUCAAGGAGGUCUCGCAGCCCCAAGUCGAAGUCUCGGACCAGCCCUUCGAGAAGAUCUCGCAGUCCGAAGUCCAAGACACGCACUAGCCCCAGUAGACGAUCCCGUAGUCCCAAGGUCAAAUCUCGCUCCAGCCCCAGCAGGAGGUCCAAAAGUCCGAAGUCCCGUUCCAAGACAAGUCCUAGCCGCCGCUCCAGAAGUCCCAAGUCGCGGUCUCGCGGCAGUCCCCGAUCGCGCUCCCUCCUCAGUCCGCAUCGAUCGUCGCCGAGUCGGUCUCGGUCUCGUGGCAGCCCGCGGGCGAGGUCAGACCGGGUCAGUCCGGGUCGCAGGUCGCCCGGGGCCAGGUCACGCUCCAGGGGCAGUCCAGUUCGCUGGUCUCGCAGCCCGUCUCGCCGGUCGCGAACCAGUCCCGGCCGUCGCUCGCGCAGCCCGAAGUCACACACGCGCCUCAGCCCAGGACGACGCUCGUGGAGUCCACGUGCGCGACUCUGGAGUCCGCCGCGCCGCUCGCGCAGUCCGCGGCUACGCGGCCGCGGCAGUCCGGGCAGGAGGUCACGCAGUCCUGACUGGCGCUCGCGGCUGAGUCCGCGCCGCCGCUCAGCCAGUCCGCCGCCGGGCGCCGGCAGUCCGCCGGGUGGGCCGGACUGGAGCCGACUGCCGUCCUGCUACCCGGAGAGGCCUCCGCCGCCGCCACAGCAGCAGCAGCAGCUGGCGCCGGCGCUGCAGCACAUCCCGCUGCCGUCCUCCAACCUGCGCCAGGUGCCGAUCGUGGACGGACCGCCGCCGCCGCCCUCCAAGGACUUCAGCCUGCAGCGCAGCCUGGCUGACUCGACCAUCAGCGACUCGGAGCUGACGGACGACCGGCUCAACGACGACCUCUGGAAUGUGGCCAUCAACUCGCGCACGCAGCCGCCGCCGCCGCCGCCGCCGGCUCCGCCCAAGCGCCUGUCGCUGGACGAACGACUGGCGAUGGAGCACGGCGUGCCGCCGCCGGCGCCGCCGCAGCCCGACUUCUCGCUGCCGCCGCCGCCGGUCGACAGGCCGCGCUUCGUCCAGGUGGGCAACAUGCUGCAGGUGCUGCCGCCGCCGGUGGCGACCGCCGCGCCGCCGGCGCCGCCGCCGCCGCCGCCGCCGCCCGCUCCGGUGGCGCCGGCCGUGCCCAUGUCUGCGCCGCCGCCGCCGCUGCCCCAGCCGGUGACGCCCGUCGCCGCCACCGCUGCCGUUACCGCGCCGUCCGCCACCGUUCAGCACAUCACUGAGACGCUGGCCCGGCUGACGCAGCAGGCAGCGGCGGCGGCAGCGGCGCCGGCUCCGCAGGCCAACUGGUACUUUCCGAUGUACCAGCCGGCGGGCAAGCGGAAAAAGAAGGAAAAGAGGAAGAAGAGGAAGAGAGAAAGGGGCGAUCCAGAGGAGGAGAGCAUUGCCAAGAGGGCGAGGAAGCUCUCUAAGCGACAGAAAAAGCUGAAGGAGGGAGUGGAUGCCAUUAUCGCCGGAGGCGACCCGUCACUGCCGGGGGCUGAUGACGAAGACAGGGAACUGCUCAAGGAGGCCAUGUCUGAGGUGCCUGACAUGGAGACGGCUGAGUACGUGGCCUCCGACGCCGAGGGAGAGGAAGAGGAGGAGGAAGAGCAACAGGAGGAGCCCAGCCGGCCCCGGCCGCCGGUGCCCCUGCCGCCCGCCGACUCCGUCAGCAGCAUUCUCGUCAUUGACGGGUUCAGUAAGGACCGUUUGGAGAAGCGGGUCGGGUUCGCCGACGGCUACCGGCCGGGCGAGGGCUCGCCGUCGGAGGGAGAGCCCACGCCGCCGCCGUCACCCACCUCCUCGCCGCCGCCGCUCCGCAUCUGCCGCAACGGAUGGCCCAACAUCAAGCUGCGUGUGAUCCGUCAGAUCCUGGACGCCGAGGACGAGGCUGUGGACCCGGCGCCGCCGCCGCCCCCUGCCGAGAGCCCGCCGCCGCAGCCCUACUACUACCUGGGCCCGGCCGGCGCGCUGCUGCUCUACAUGCAGCCGAUCGACGCCGAGGGCCCUCUGGCGGCCGGCGCGGCCCCGGCGCCGUGCGCGGAGCCGUUGCUGGCCCCGCAGCCGGCCAUGGUGUCAGUCGGCUGAGCCGACCACGGCCGGUAGAACGGUAGUCGCCCACCCGGCAGGUCUCCCUCCCCUCCCCUCACCCCUGCACAUACACACAGAGGAGGAUGCCCGGUCCGAGCGGCCGCCAGAGCGGGCCUCCUCCCCACUGUGUGUCGUCAUUUGGUCGGUUUGAUAUAGAGGACGCAAGUGUUAGUGGUAGCCGUGGGUACGCCGACCGUUUUGUGUUGAUUGUCAUCAUUUCGGGUGCUUUUUGCGUUGCUGAGGGCAGUGGUGGGAAGCUCUCGUUGGAUUCACACCAGAACAGACUUUUUCCGUUCAGGACGCAGCAGAUUUCACUGCGCUGUGAGGAUUUUCUGAGGAAGGUGUCGUUUAUGAUAAUCCCCGUUCGGCCACCCUCGAUAUGCCAAAACUGUUCGGAUCCCGGGUGGUCGGAUGCGGACAUUCAACGCUGGGCUGCCUUGAUUGGCUGGCUUCCGAGCGAAUCACAAUUGAUUGGCUACUGCUAGUCGUGUAACAUUCGAUCCCCCGAUUAGUCAGUUCCGAGUCGGCUGGCUUUUGAUUUGCCAGUCAGGGACUGGCCAACCGGUGUUUGGUCAGUCCCGAACCGGUCAUUUUUUCUAGCUGUAUCAGUUGUACGCGCGCGUCUGUACUUGUCUACUAAUACCCGUUUAGAAUAAAGUCUCUUGGUGUGCCGUU